AUAUGGGCUGACUGUUUUAAGUCUAGGCAUGCAUUUGUUUAAAAAGUAAAAACACGCCCAUAUGUCCUGUAUAUGGAAGCAAGGUCAGCUGUUGCUAGUUACUUCAUUUCAGCAUGCAAAUACAAGGCAAAGGCAGAGCAGCUCCAAAAUAUCUCCGUCUCUUGUGGAGUAGAAGAAAAUGAUUUUGAUAGGUGGCUCUCCUAUUAAACUAAAUGGGGUGAUACAUACUUGGAUGUAAUAUAACAAGACACAGUUCUCUCUAGAACCAGAUCACCAGCCAACUAACUGCAUUGGCCCCACAAAGAGAAUACACAAAGACAAGACUCUGGAUCUUUUCUUCUUCAGAAGAAAAGCCAUCACAAGUUCACUUAAAAAUGAAGACGGUCUCAUGGACUUGGAGUUUGCUAUUAUUCCUACUAUUAUCAAAUGGACACUACACAACACAGUCUAAACUCAAUAAAAGCUCUCCAAGACGACACCCACGCUCUAUAGAAGGAGGCGAUGAAGGGAAAAAGUGUGGCUACACAUUUAUUGUCCCUGAACAAAAAAUAACUGGACCAAUCUGUGUCAAUACAAAAGGACCAGGUUCAGAGAACAAAAAAGAAGAAAUUACAAGGAUGGACAUUGAGAAUCUGAAGGAUGUAUUAUCCAAACAAAAGCGGGAGAUUGAUCUCUUGCAGCUAGUGGUAGAUGUAGAUGGAAAUAUAGUAAACGAAGUAAAGCUGCUGAGAAAGGAAAGUCGUAAUAUGAAUUCCCGGGUUACUCAACUCUAUAUGCAGCUUCUGCAUGAGAUAAUCCGCAAACGGGACAAUUCACUUGAGCUUUCCCAGCUGGAGAACAAAAUUCUCAAUGUCACUACAGAAAUGUUGAAGAUGGCUACAAGGUACAGAGAGCUUGAAAUAAAAUAUGCAACACUAACAGAUCUUGUAAAUAAUCAGUCAGUCAUCAUCUCUUUGUUGGAAGAGCAAUGCGUGCGAAUAUUCUCACGGCAGGACACACAUGGUUCUCCACCUUUAGUUCAGGUUGUACCUCACCACAUUCCUAAUAGCCAGCACUAUACUCCUGGACUCUUGGGAAGUAAUGAGAUCCAGAGAGAUCCAGGCUAUCCUAGAGACAGAGAAGUAAGACCACCCCCUGAUCCAGCUACUUCUCCUACAAAAAGCCCUUUCAGGAUCCCACCACUAACUUUAAUCACUGAGGGCCCAUUCAAGGACUGUCAACAAGCCAAACAAGCUGGUUAUUCCAGCAGUGGGAUUUAUAUGAUCAAGUCUGAAAACAGCCAUGGACCAGUGCAGUUAUGGUGUGAGAACAGCCUUGAUCCUGGCGGCUGGACAGUUAUCCAGAAAAGAACAGAUGGUUCUGUUAACUUCUUCACAAACUGGGAUAAUUAUAAGAAAGGAUUUGGAAACGUUGCUGGAGAGUAUUGGCUUGGACUGGAAAACAUUUACUUGCUUUCUAAUCAGGACAAUUACAGACUUCUGAUAGAACUAGAAGACUGGAGUAAUAAGAAAGUCUAUGCAGAAUAUAGCAGUUUCCGACUGGAACCAGAAAGUGAAUUCUACAGAUUGCGUUUAGGCACUUACCAGGGGAAUGCUGGUGACUCCAUGAUAUGGCACAAUGGGAAACAAUUUACAACACUGGAUCGAGACAGAGACAUGUACACAGGAAACUGCGCGCACUUUCACAAAGGAGGUUGGUGGUACAAUGCCUGUGCCCAUUCUAAUCUCAAUGGAGUGUGGUACAGAGGAGGACAUUACAGAAGCAAGCACCAGGAUGGGAUUUUCUGGGCAGAAUACAGAGGAGGAUCAUACUCACUAAAAGCAGUUCAGAUGAUGAUCAGACCCAUUGACUGAAAGACUCAAACACUUUUAAAAAUAUAUUGUCUUUGAACUACAGACAGAUGUUACAUUUCAAGUUGUUUUGUACAGUUUAACUUUACAAAAAGCAAGGCCUGCAAAGGUAUUUUAAACAUUUCACUGUGAUACUUUACGUUACUAAAUCAAGUUUUAAUAGCCACAAAGCAAGCAGAAGGCUUCAUUUAAAAUAAAACUGUGUUAAUACAGAAUGUAUGGGCUUCAUUGGCAACAUUUAAAUAUAUCAGUUCUGUAGGCUACAGUGAAAGUUAUGGCUGUAGAACGGUUGAACUCUGAAAAUGAAGCAUGUACUGCUGCAUGUUAGUGUGAAGAUCAGUUCAUUUUACAAACUGAAAACUAAAGGUUUUUAUUUCAAAGAUUACUUCCAAUGGAAUUCUGAUGUUGAGAUGUAGACGCACAAUCAGUCCCCAGACAAAGAACUAGAGACAUGUUCUGGUUUUGCAAGCAUAUUUUGCAUCAAAUAAAGCAUUGUUGUUUCAACAUAGUAAAUUAUUAUUGCACAGCAUAGCUUUUACAGGACAAGAAAGCUGUCGCCCCUGGGAGAGUGCCAUCCUUGCACCUCAACAUAAAUAUGAAACAACUAUAUAGCACUUUUCCUAAAUGCUCAACAUCCUUUGUGUAAUCCAGUACCACAAUACUGUAAGGUAGGCUAGUUUAGCAAACUCAUCUUAAAGAAUGUGGUUGGGUCCAUGUGGGAAGGCCACACACUGAGCCCACGGCUGAAUUAACCCAGAGGUUUACCAGCUCAUUAGUUCAGGCAUUUAAACCAUUAAAGAUGUUCCAUGGAAAUAAAGUUACAGAUUUCAAUAGCACUUAUGACCAAGUAAUGCAUUUAAGAUCUGAAUGUUCAGGAAAGAAUUGUGCAUUUUGUAUUAAAACUAAUGCAUGGAUAUUACCAACCUUUAAAGCAUUUUAAGACUUGCCCUUUGCCACAAAAACAAUCCAAUCACAUUGAAUUUGGUGCCCUAGAGUUGCAAACUUGUUGACUAGAAGUGGUUCCUUCCUACUCACUUAAUACUUCCAUGUCAAGGAAACUCAUACCUUGGUAGCCUUUUUACUUCACAGCAAUGUAGCAGGCAAGGUGGUGCUGGACUGUAGAGGGUCUGGGGAUCACAGAUUAUUAAUCCCAGAUUUUGAGGACUGAAUGGUUACAGGUUACUGAAAAGGCCAAAAUGCAUCUGAAAAGUAUAUUUUAACAUCAUUUUCCUUUCAUUAAAACCUUAUUUCCAGCAAAUCAGGAGGAUGAGUAAAACUUCUGAAGCAGCCAAAUUAAUAUAGAUUUUGUUUUUGAAUUAUUUUAACAAUGCUUUACAAUAGUUUUUUGUUUUUUUUAAGCUGGACCAUCAGCAGCAACUGCCUCCUAUAUACAGAUCUGCUGAAAAACACAGUGUGAAUUACCCUUAGCAGUUUUCACCAGACUCAGCACUGGGAAGCUAAAUUUACUCAAAUUUCUUCUUUUGGAAUUAUUGGUAAAAAGCAUUCUGACCAAAAGUACUUUCAGAAAUCAAUGUGAAUGAUUUAAUGAAUUUAAUGAAUUCCUAAAGCUACCUUUACAAGUCUGCAAGGAGAUGGCAAUUUAGAAAUUUUUUGGGUAACAAUUUUGGUAACAAGCUAUGGCAGACCUUACAACUUUAAAAUCCAUCUUGCUUAUUUAGUACCUCUUCAAUCAGACACUACUCUUCUUCUAAUCAAACAAAAAGCCCACGAUCCAAAAAGGGAAAAUUUCAACCUCUCUUUUGCUACAGCACCUCACCCCCCGUUCCAUAAAUCCACUCACUCAGUCACUAGCAGCAAGUACCCUUGCCAAGCAUGCGGAUGCGCGCGUGCACACACACAAACACACACACACACUCUCUUUCUCUCUCUCUCCCCCUCCCCCACAGAAAACUCAAAGAAGGCAAGAAGGGGUGGCUUUUCUCAAGAAUGCUGGUGGUAUUACCUCAGUGCUUCUGGUGUUUCCUAAAAGGUGCAAGGAAACAAGUUAAGUUACCAAGCUCUUCUAGCCCUCCUAAACACUGGAGGACUCUCUGGAGUUGAAUUCUUUAGGCAAAAUGGGCUGCCACCAGAAGGGGAAAAGUCAGCAUGCACAGAAGACUUUUGUAGACACACAAGGACCGCUUUGGAUCCCAGCAAAUGAAAAGAAAAUAGGUUGCUAGGUCAUUACAAAACUUAGCAUGUAGAGGGCUGUUGAAUAAGAGAUUUACAAUAUGUAUAUGUGGCUCUUUUAUACAAAAAUGUUAUUUGCUCUAGGAAAAAGCAUGCAAGACUAAUGUAGUAUUGUAGGUUAGGAAUGUUUUUUGUUUUGACUUUUUUGCCUGGGACAAUAUCUUGAACAUAAAGUCAACUUCCUCACUGUUUUAUAGGCAAAAUAGGACAAGAAUCAUUUAUGAAGAAUUUUUUGUGAUGUUCUAUAUCACUUAUUUUUCUCUGUCCUACUGAGUCAACAAUGUAAUUUAUUACAAAGAUUCUAUUUAAUGGUUUUCAUAUUUAGAAUUGUAAUAUAGAAGCAGAAGUUUUCUUCCUAGGAACUGCCAAACCAGAGCACUUAAAACUAUCAUUCAGUCUUCUUACUAAGACAUUCCAUGCCAAUAUUUUAGCAUAACUGAUCUCACCUUCAAUGAAACAGACAGUAUUUGAAAAUAUAUACCAUAUAAACACAUUAAUAAAUUUGUGUUUCAAACUGCAACAUGAUUUUAUUGUGUUCUGCCAACAUGCCAUAUCUAAAGCUGUAUUUGCAUUUACACUAUAAAAAGCUGUACCACUAACAGCAACACAGCAGCUCCAGAUUAAAUUCUGUAAAUUAAUAUGGACCAUUAUUUGUGUCAGGGAUUCUCAAUGUUGGGUCCCCAGAUGUUAUUGGACUUCAACUCUCAUGAUCCCCAACCAAAGGCCACUGGGGCUGGGGAUUAUGGGAGUUGAAGUCCAUUAACAUCUGGGACCUAGUGUUGAGAAUCUCUGAUCUAUGUUACUACCUUAAACAUAACUUCUGCAGUACAGCUAUACAUUCACCUAUAUAUGUAUGAUGAUGGUGAUAAUAUUUUCAAGGUUGGGCAUAUCACUUCUAUAAACUAGCUUUGUAACAGCACCCCAUGUGGUAACUACCAGUUAUGUCUAGACAAACAUUAGAAUUAUAGUUCUUUUCUAUGUACAUAAUGCCAAAAAUACAGUUGUCAUAGCAACCAUGAAUAUAAUUCAGUUGAUCAGAAUUGGAGAGAAGCCUCAAACAAGGAGGAAGUUUUGCCAGCUUUUUGUUAUUUUGCCAGCUUCUUUAAACAACAAGUUCUAGUAAGACGUAACCUGUCUACUUUCCUUUCACUGUAGCAAAUACGGUUCAAAUCGAUUACAGUCCACAAGCAGCAAGACCACUCGCUCCUCAAAUGUUCAUACAUUCGGCAUCUUGAACUGGGGUGGAUAACAUCACAAACUACACCACUGAGAUGUCCCUAUUAGUGAUGUGCAUGGAAUGGGUGCCUGCCAGUUUGAAGGUGGGGGCGGGAUAUCUUUCAGGACGGGAAAGGGUGCUCUCACCCCUCCCACUGCAUUUAGAGGUGUGCACGGAACUGUCUGGCCCGGUUCAGUUUGAGGCCGGACCGAGCUAGUUCGGUCCGGCCCCCCAUCAAACCCCACCUGGUCUGGCGAGGCCCCUCUGCGAGGCCACUAUGGAGGCCCGAAAGGGCCAAAAAGGCUUUACAUAACGGCUGCGGCAGUGAUGAGGAAGGCCGGCGGAGGGAGAGGGGAACCACGCAGACCCCCCCACCCGCAGCUUCAGCAAGCCCCCCGAAGGGGCUAAAGGUGCUUCUCAUUUACUUUAAAAAAAUUUUUAAAAAUCACAGACGGAACCGGGGGGGGGGUUCGGUUCGACCACGAACCCCUGAACCGGACUGCCGGACCGGUCCGCACAUCCCUAACUGCAUUUCCCCCACCGGCAUUGUCUUUAAAAACAGUCUGGCAGGGUAGCAGCAUAGCUCAUUGCUGCCCCAAUGCCUCCUAGGACCGGAAGUGGUCUUAAGUGCUUGCUGUACGUGCGCGCAUAGUGUGUGUGUUGUUUCCAUUGCUGGUCUCUCCCCCGCCACCUCAAGAACCGAGAAAGGAACACUGGCACAAAAAUGUGGACAUUUUUUGUGGAGUAACUUGGGUGCAGUUGUGUGUGGGGGGUAUUUUUGUGAAGAGCUAUUGAGUGAAAACUGGAAAAACCCAAAUUUGGACUUUUUGUUGUUGCAUAGAUGUACACAUUAUACAUGCAGGGGAGGUGGGGGUAGUGCUGCUUCUUUAAAUGGAGGAAUGUAGGGACAUAGGCCUGCAUGGAGCCAUGGCAUCUGUCUUGUAAAGCUGAUACCUUGUAGGGAAAAGCCUAUGGGACAGAGGGCCAUCUUGUUUGUUUAUUUUUCCUAUGUAAACUGCUUUGAGAACUUUUGUUGAAAAGCUGUGCAGUAGUAGUAGUAGUAGCAGCAGCAGCAACAGCAGUUCCAGUUCACAGUGGAAAGGGAAAGACACUUUGCACAAGACCAGAGGAACUUUAAACAAUCUUCUAGAAAUAAUGGCUGGCUACCAAGCCAAGUACUAUUUGUGGAGCCCUGCUAAUAAACAAAAAUCAAAGCAUUGCAGUCAAUUAACCAACAGUAUUGCAUGUGAACCACCACUGUUGCUUAGUGUUAACAAACUAUCAUGUGCUGAAAGAAAUCAUAAUAGCUAAGCUAUUGACUUUUUUCCAAAAUGUUUUUCUAGCAAUGUAAUUGCCAGAAACUUAUGCACAGGAAGUAAUGGUGGACUUACUGUGAUGAACAAUUUUAUUCAAUAUUUGAAAAUGAGAAAUACAAACCAUCCUCCUGUCACUAAUAAAGCCUAAUCCUCAAGUUGCCACUUAACACACUAGUUUUUAACCCUACAGCAAGGAUCCAACAAGGAAUACUAUAUAAAAGAGCAACGUCUUUGAGUGCAAAACAAGUUAAAAAUAGGCCAAUUUCAUGAUAGCUGAGACAAGGAACCAGUUAUAGGAAUGUGCACUCCCUCCUUGCAGUCCUUCCCCUUCCAACUCAACUGUGUUGAAAGCUGUGUUGAAAUGCAAGCUUUUUCAGGACUUGAAAGAAGGGUUUGAAGUUGCUGAAACUCUAGUUAAGAAGGACCCUUGUUAGGAUUAGCCAUGAUUAAAGCUGGUGCCAAUGUAUCCCUUAAUGGCCUUGAAAGGACUGGGGCUAUUGCAUCUUUACUAGCCCAGAAAGUUUAACAAUAUUUAUAUCUCAUGCUAUGCACAUGUUCAACAAAGCAAGGAAAAAAGAAUGGUUAACAAAUACCAUAUUGCUACUACAAGAGAAACUUUACAUAUUUUGCAUCUGUGUUGCAUUUAUUUUAAUUAAAAUAUUAAUCAGUUAAAUUGGAAACUAGCACAGGAAGAACAAUGUAUUUUCUUUGCUCUUACUCCAGAUCUUAGAAGCUAAUUAUUUGUGGGCAAGUUUAAAUUAUAAAUGUAGAGUUUAGUCUUCUCUUUAAAAUUGAUCAUUCAUAGGUUUAACAUCUACAGUGGGACAGUGAUAUUCAAAUGUUUAGCUGUUUAGAGUGUACUAGCAGUGUAGCUGUCAUUCCAGUCAGUCAGAUAUGGGAGGCUAAUUUAUAGCUUGCAAUGUUCAUUAAACCAAGAUGCUGUCUUA